GUCUCGUCGAGCGAUUGUGGGCGACAUUUUGGAAGGGUUGUUGUAGUUCUCUUGUUGUAAAGCAAGAUUCUUUUUGUAACUAGACAUGACUGGCGGUUAUGGAGGACGGAAGCUGUUCGUAGGAGGCCUUCCUCCGAAGGUGGACGAAAAAGCCUUGCGAGAUGUGUUCUCUCGUUUUUGGCAUAUCGAAGAAGUGAUACUUGUGACAGAUCGUGAGACACAUAAGAGCCGUGGUUUCGGGUAUGUGGUAUUUACUAACGAGGAAGAUGCCAAGGAAGCCAUGGAGACAAUGGCAGGCGAACGUGGCAAGAAAUUCUUCAACCAUGUAAUGACAUUGGAGUAUGCUAGAGAUAAGGAAUCCAGUGCACCAAGGGGAGGACGAGGAGGUCGUGGAGGGAUGCGGGGAGGCUUCUCAGACAGAGGCCGGGGACCACCCCCACGUGGUCCACCAUUCAGAGGACCCCCUCCAGGAGGUCCUGCUCAACGUGGUCCUCCCAGCAGGUUAGUUUAAUAUGAGCCUAUUCAGAAGGCUUCCUUCAGGAGGUCCUGCUCAAUGUGGUCCUCCCAGCAGGUUAGUUUAAUAUGAGCCUAUUCAGAGGGCUUCCUUCAGGAGGUCCUGCUCGACGUGGUCCUCCGAGCAGGUUAGUUUAAUAUAAGCCUAUUCAGAGGGCUUCCUUCAGGAGGUCCUGCUCAAGAUGGUCCUCCUAGCAGGUUACAUGUACAUGUAGGUUUUAAAUUCAUCAGUUGGGAAAGUGACUUUGAAUGUUUCCUGGGCACCUUCAUCAAGUGAUUGGCUACGAGAUAAAAGUGCAUGGCUUUUGCUGGGUUGCCACUAACUUUUAAAGUCGGCAGCUUAGUGUUUGAAUAGGUGGCUAUUACCAUUGUUUUCUAAAUAAUCGGAUGAACAUCACAGCAGAGAAGCUGUUCCAGAUCAUGAAGUACAGGUUGUGUUUUCAUUGGUUGACAGCUUUUUUUGACAACCCUAACUUUUGCUGCCAAAUUAAAUGUGCUUUUUAUUUGAAGUCUACAAACAUUAAACAUGCAACUAAUAACAAAUGAAGGAAUUUCAACAAAAUUGCUACGAAGACUAGGAAGGAAACCUUUAUUUGACACUUUGUGAACUGCCACCUGCUGUCAUUUGCUCUGGAAAGUUUGACUUUUUUGUAUAUUUAUGCGUGCCUGUAUCAAAGCCUAACCCAUUCCUAGGUGCACUGUUUCUGCCUGGUUGAAUAGGAACAUCUCAAAAGUACACAUAUUACAUCCAAGGAAAUACCUAUGAAACUAUAGUGCCAGGGAAAUUCAAGAGCUUGUUUUAAAAAGACAACAGGGUGUUUUCAUUAUUACAGUUGCAAUUUGAAAAUAACCAGGAACCAGGAGAAAUUACACACAUAAUGAUAAACUAGGCCACUUUUAAGGUGAUUUCAUGUUGUAAGGACUUGACUAGAAAUAGCUUGAAACUAAGGACAAAUAUGUAGACAUCAUUAUUAAUUUUUUAAAAAGUCUUUUUUUAACCUAUUGAUGCCUGAAUGAAAUUGCCCGUGACCCA